CGUAAAGCGGCAAAGCCGAGCGCCCCGAAAAUGCGGGGGGACAGACGAGCAUUUACCUCGCAGCCAUGCGGUCGGUUCCUGGCACUAAACGAAACCCUGCAUGCAUCAGAUCCACUGGCGUAAUAACAUUUUCUCUUUUACCCGCGCUGCAGAUGAAAACAUCAGCAAUCGCCACUCUUGACGAUGGAAAGGACGAAGGGACGCGCUCGCAAACGCGGCGCCGCCAAGAGAAGGAUUGAUGAUGCUGACCUUGUCGAUGGUGAACGUCCGGCGAAGCGGGCUGCAUCAGAAAGCGUCGCAACCCAACGCCAGACGAGCGUCGAUGACACAAUUGCCUUGAUGGAUCCGGCAUUAUUGGCCGACCAUUUCGCCAAAUGUAUCAGAAAAGCCCUCCCAAACAGCAGUGCCAUUGAACUCGAAGAGAGCUAUCUACCCACAAAGUCCUUCCACAACACGACCACCUUCGAGCAGCCUCGUACAGGCCCGAAUCUCCCUGCCUUCCUCGAACAUUUCUCCAAGAUUGACAAAGCAAAACUUUCUGCCUCCGAAGAGAAAGGAAGUCCUCACACCAUAAUCGUUACGUCGUCGGGCAUUCGCACCGCAGACCUGACCCGAGAUCUGCGGGGUCUCAACACAGAAAAGUCCAAGGUUGCGAAACUCAUUGCGAAGCACAUGAAGUUGAAAGACAACAUCGAAUACAUGCAAAAGACCAAUGUCGGGAUUGCUGUUGGAACUCCCAUGCGAAUAAAGGAUUUGAUUGAUGCAGAUGCCAUAAGGACAGACCGCAUACAAAUGGUUGUCGUGGACGGAUCAUAUCGAGACGAGAAAAAGCGAACAAUCUUCGAGAUGGACGAUUUGUUUCGACCACUCAUGGUACUCCUCAACCUGGAUCGCCUGCGGCAAAGAUAUGGCGCUGAAGGUCAGGCUGACAUCCUGGUCUUUUGAGAAGUCCUGUGUGAAGAUGACUCGGUAUGCAUACGCAGUUGCAGCAGAGGUGGGCAGGGGAUGAUCGGCCAGUCUCAACGUCAAGGUCGAUGCAUUGCAAGAAGAAAUGCAUUCAAUCUGGGGGCCGGGUGCCGCCACUUGCACGGAUCUCUCUCGUCGUCGCAGGGCUGCGACAAGAGCCUUCAAAAUUAAACGUCUGCUUGUGUCUGACUUCCCCCGCAUGCGUGAGAC